ACUACCUGGACAGACUGGAGGCGCGGGGAGGCAGAGGAGCCUCGCUCCCAUUCAACUCGGUCUGACAGGAGGGUUAGAGGAAGCUGAGGGAUAAAUAUAAAGUUAGAAAAAAGGAAAAAAAAAAAAAAAAAGCUGACUGCAGCCAUUUCUCUUCAACUUGUAUGUCCCGGAUCGACUUUACGCGGAGAAGAUGAGCGGCGGCGGCGGAGAGACGCGCACCGCUGGAAAUGGAGAAGAAGACCUCAGAACGACUGGCCAGCGCUGGCGGCCGGGACUCGCCCUACAGGAUCAGGAGCCGCCGGACCGUCCCUCAGACCGGAGCAGCAGCAAGGAGAGAAUCCAGCCAUUAGUGCUGCCACAGGCUCCUGAGGAGGAGGAGGAAGAAAAGCUCCAGCUCGUCACCCCCACUGAAGACAAGGUUGAAGUCAUUAAGGUUUUCCUGGAAUCUCGUCCCGAGACGUCUGAGAGUGUCAGGAUGCUGACGGACGAGGUGUCUCAGAUUCAGGAGGUGAGGUACUGUCUGAAGACUCUGAGAGAGCAGAUGGCAGCCAGGCAGAGCACCACCAACAACAAGUAUCCAGCCAACGGCUUCAGGGUCAAAGUGCCCAACAACCAAUCGGCUGUCAGCAGCAGCAUCAACGGCGUCCUAAAUGAAGCUCAUGCCGGGGAUAAUCAGGAAGAGAGCGCCAGGCUCCGCGAGGCGACCAAGCGCCUGUACGCCCAGCUGAAGGAGAUGGAGAAGAAGCAUCAGGAGGAGAGAGACAGGCUGCAGUCGGAGUCCAAUGAGUACCGGGCCCGUCUGGCCGAGCAGUCGGAGCGGCUGAAGAAGGCAGAGAAGCGGUCGGAGGAGAAAGACCAGCAGGUGGAGGAGCUGCAGAGGCUGCUGGAAAACAUGGAGGCCGAGAGCGGCCUCCUCAAAGACAAGAUGGCCGCAGGCGAGGCGGAGCUGCUGCAGCUCAGGGCGGACAGAGAGGAGGGAGUGGAGAGCUCGCUGAGGUGUGAGGAGCUUGAGAAGGAGGUGGCCAUCCUGAAGGAGAAGAUUCACCACCUGGACGACAUGCUGAAGAGUCAGCAGAGGAAGGUCCGCCACAUGAUCGAACAGCUGCAGAACUCCCGGACGGUGCUUCAGGAGAGAGACCGGGUCAUCCGAGAUCUGGAGGAGAAGGUGGCUUUCCUCGAAGCUGAGAACAGAGAAAUGCACGAUCACAUGGAGUACUUCCUGGCUGGUCAGGAUCCGUCACCCUUGAUGACUGAAAACAAGCCGGAGGUUGUUUACAGCAAACAGCUGACACCGACGACACAGAGCAGCAAAGCCCUCCCCUUCAUCAAAGUGAUCGAGAUCAAAUCCUGAACGAAGCAGCAACCAACAGAAUGACUAGAAGUAAAAUACUUUGUAAAAAAAAAAUAAAUAAAAUCUGUGUACAUAUUUCCACCGACCAGUAUACACAAGGUAGAUCUGCAGACCCGACGGACACGGGUCCUCUCUUCGUACCUCAUCGUUACUUGUGGAGACUGUUUGUUGGUUUUACUCCGUGUCAAAAUGAAUCUAAACAGUGACCCAGUAGAAGGAGAAAACCUUGCAAAAGAGACGUGCGAUGCAAAGACUUUUACUGACGAAUCAGAUGAAGUUCAUGAGGCAGAACGGCUCCGGUGAGUCUUUUGCAUGCGGUGACAGACGAGAGAGUUCAGUGAGCUCCCCUCCCCUGUGAGCAGAAUUUAAAUAAAGUGUUGGCGGCAGGUCAAUGGAAGAGACAAGUCAAUUAUAAACUCUAAUUAUUCUAGGUUAAAUGUCCAAACAAUUACAAUGUGUUUGGUGUUUUUUAGCUGUUCCUCAUCCCCCCUGCCUGCUCCUCGGGGUCGGGGUCAGAGUCUUCAGUGCUUUGCACCACAUUGCCAAGAGCAGCCACGCAGAUGUCAAUGUUGAAACAUGACUUAUUUAACUCAAAUAACACUUUUUUUUGACAGUAGAGUGGGUCAAAGAUAACAGUGACAAUGCUUUAUUGAUAUCAGAUCAAUUGCUUUUGUCUAAAUAUGUUUUAAAUCAGCAAUUAAAGUCUUUUUUAAUAUAAUUUACUCUGCCAAGUGUGGCCUAAACAUGCUUAUUGUGCAGCCCUGUUUCUGUUUGUGCUAAAAAGUUACAUAUUUAACAGCUAUGUUUUUAACAAGACCUAUGUACUUCUAAAACAUUCUGUUUGCAUGGAUUUUGCCGUUUCUUUUCUGUUCAACACUCUUAGGUUGAUUUUUUUUUAAGUAACCUUUUACUGUGAACAUUGUAGAUAGACUCGCUGAAGUUCCGUCUGUGUCUUUUUUCCCUGUAGAUCGUGUAGAAUAUUAUUUAAAUAUAAUAAAAAUAAACUGGUUGAACCCAUUA